AUGGCUUUCUUCUUGUCGCAGGCGGAGGCGGCGAAGGGCGCACUGUUGGACACAUCCAAACGCAACGAAAUCUCCGAGGUGGUCGAUAUCGAACUAUCACGCGACGAAGACUCCGUUACUUCAUUGGCAACGGCGCAUGCAAGCGAUGAUUCUAUUAUCGCCUUUGCCGGUAUCAAUAGCUCUAUAGCUGAGCAAAAGCGUGGCAAUAACAAACAUCUAAGAUCUUUCGAGAUUGAUUACCCCCCACGAAAAAGAUCUUUUACGGAUAACUCGCCCGAAGAAGUCGCAAAUGGGGAAGCAUAUAGGGAAGCAUAUAGGGAAACUGACAACCAAUUUCCCCAGAAGACCACUGCAUUGUCUCGCACAUCUUUAUUUCGCACUAAAGGAACAGAAAAGGCCGGCGGUCCAGACACAUAUCAAAGGGUAUUGCGACUCUCGCCGUGGAAAGACGCCGAGUCUCCGCGUAUAGCGGCGGUUGCAACUGGGUUAGCUCCAUCAGGAGAGAUCGUCCUUUUUCAUGUUAAUCCUACACCCAGCACAUCGGAUAUCAUGGGAAGGAUACAAUUGGAUAGUGAUGAGGAAGCUGAGGAUGUAGAUAUUGCGGAUUUGGACGAUGGCAAAUACCAGGUGGCCUAUACCAAUGGCACUGACGUGUACACCUGUCAGGUCUCAUCUUCAGCGAGAUCUAAUGCAUCACCUGAUGUACAUUGCGUAUAUAGUACGCCUUUGUCUGAAGCAGCGACCAAAACCAGGCCCAAAUUUCGAACCCUGCGUUUCCUAUCUCCCACAAUGUUGCUUCUACUUCGGAAUAUACCAGACCGUAAAGGCUGCGAGCUCGUGCUUCUUGAUUUACCGCAAAGGCUAUCACCGAAAUCAAAGUCAUCUGCAACCAUCAUCCGGCAUAAGAAGCUGCGCAAAGAAAUCAAAAUUGGGCUGGGCCUGGACGUGUGCAAUCUGGGUUCAAAUCUCGAGAACCAGGAACAAAUCAUCAUUGCCGUUUCGGGAAGUGAUCAAUCUAUCGAAGUCCUAACGCUUGAGUACAAUCCUAGGAGAGGAGGUUACGGGAAGCUACGACCCUACAUUACCCUCCACGACGUCCAUCCAUUCUCCAUGACAAAGAUAUGCUUCUCUUCUUUCAUUCCUCCACCGAACCCAGUUAGGCCUGAGACGCCACCACAAUAUGUCAAGCUUGCUUCCGUCAGUAUGGGCAAUACCGUUGUCGUACACACGCUCCCGCUGGCCCCAUCACCGCCCUCCAGUCGCUCACCGCGCUAUGUGCUAGUCAUGCCGGGAAAUUCAGAUGCAUGGGCUAACUUCGCCAGUGGGCUGACUGCUCUGUUAUCUAUCUUCAUUGUCUGCUUCCUCCUUCAGGCUUUCACCGAGAUCAGGGGUGUUAUGCCUCCGUAUCUCGGAGCCACCGAAUGGCUCCCCCCCGAUAUUCGUGUCGCCGUCGCGCAUCCAUAUCAUCAACCUGCGCCACAUCCUUUAGCAGCGCCAUCAGUCAUUAUGCCAAUGCACUCAACACUUUCGUCACCAGUUCCCACCCUACAUCACCGCUCCCUACGUGAUCUCCUUCAUGCAUGUCAGGCAGCAGAUGCGAUUGAUUCAAUCCUCGAUACCGAUCUUGCAGCAAACGACCCAUCCCCUUCCGCUGCCUCUCUAUCACAUACCUCCAUUAUUGUUCGUCGCAACCGUGAUACGGACGAGAUCCUCAUAGAGUCUAUGAACAGGGCAUAUCAUAAUGCACCUGACGAGGGUCUUCGCCGCUGGGAGGACCUCACCGAGAGAGAUCAGAUUAUGUGGAAACAACAGUUGACAGAUACAGGUCACUGGCGUCAAGAUGAAGGCGAGGCAAUUCUUCAAGGUGUUCUUUUCGGUGACCGUUCAGUCUAA